UUAAACGUGUCAAUCAAUGUCAAAAACUACCUAAUAAAAGUCGUUUCAUAUAGUUCGCUGUGGGGUUCAUAUAGACCUAAAUGCUACGAGGUCUAAUUAGAGUUUUGUUGCAGAGACAUCCGAUAUUCCAAACCGUCCGUUUCAAUUACAAUGAUACUAGAAAGAAUUUGAAAAUCGGAAAACACACUAAGGUUAUAUGUCAGGGGUUUACUGGAAAGCAAGGCACGUUUCACAGCAAGCAAUCCAUAGAAUAUGGAACUAACUUCGUUGGAGGUGUUUCUCCCGGAAAAGGGGGCAAAACCCAUCUGGGUCUGCCAGUUUUCGAUUCUGUUAAAGAAGCCAAAACUGCUACUCAAGCCAAUGCUACAAUCAUCUUUGUUCCACCACCAGGAGCUGCGAAAGCAAUUCAUGAAGCACUGGAUGCCGAAAUCGAACUGAUUGUGGUCAUUACUGAAGGUAUUCCACAGCAUGACAUGGUAAAAGUAAAACACAGGCUAGUGAGACAGGACAAAUCCAGAAUGGUCGGACCCAACUGUCCAGGGAUUAUCUAUCCCGAAGCUUGCAAAAUGGGAAUAAUGCCAGGCUUCAUUCAUCAAAAAGGAAAAGUUGGAAUUGUAUCCCGGUCAGGAACUCUUACAUAUGAAGCGGUGCACCAGACUACCCAGUCUGGCUUAGGGCAAACACUUUGUGUAGGAAUUGGUGGUGAUCCGUUUAAUGGGACUAAUUUUAUCGACUGUUUAGAGGUAUUUUUAAACGAUACCGACACUGAAGGCAUAGUGUUGAUCGGUGAAAUUGGUGGGAUGGACGAAGAAAACGCAGCUGAAUAUCUGGCCCAGCACAAUAAAGGCAGCAAAUCCAAGCCAGUGGUCGCUUUUAUUGCAGGAAUGACCGCGCCGCCAGGACGUAGAAUGGGACAUGCAGGAGCAAUUAUCUCGGGCGGCAAAGGAAAAGCCGAAGACAAAGUGAAAGCUCUGGAAGCUGUAGGAGUAAAAAUUACACGAUCUCCUGCCAAAAUAGGAGAAACGCUCCUGGAGGCUAUGCAAAACUAAACUGUGCUUUAAUCCAUUAGAAAUAAAAAAUGUUGUCGUCACCCUAUGCGGGGUAUAAA